AAAGCACCCCAGCCAUUUCUUGCACAGAUACCAUCCUUCUUGCUUACCCUAUCCAAUUAUCUUAAGCUACAUAUAUACGUACUUUUCCUUCUUCUCCUUUUAAUAUCUGAAUGUAUUUACAGAGCCUUUGAAACAUUCACUAUAUUCAUUACUUAGAAUUAGGUAUAAUAUUCAAGGUAACGAUUAAUUAAUGGCUUCAAGCUCCCUUAGAAAACACAAUUCCAGCUCUUCAUGGACACCAAAACAGAACAAGCUGUUUGAAAAAGCACUGGCCGUGUACGACAAAGAGACCCCGGAGCGGUGGCAAAAUGUGGCCAAAGCUGUAGGUGGCAAUAAAACAGCGGAAGAAGUGAAGAAACACUAUGACAUCCUUCUAGAAGAUCUCAGGCAAAUUGAGUCCGGACGGGUUCCUAUUCCCAACUACAAGUCCUCCAUUGGAAGCAGCACCAGCAGCAUCAAUGUUGAUGAAGAAGAAAGGCUUCUCAAGUAUCUUAAGCUGCAGUAAAGUCCAAGUCAGUUCAACCUUUUCAUGAAAAGGUUUUACUACAUAUAUCGAGGAUAGAGGAUAUAUGCCUCUUUAAUUUUAUGUUCAACUCUCUCUCUCUCUCCAUCUUAAUUGAUGUCAGUGUUGCUGCAUGCAUCCUCCUGGUGAGGAAAUCUUAUUUUCUCAAACUAGAAGUAAACGCAAGUGUCUCCUUCACCUGCAUCCUCAUGGUUCAUGGACUAUACUCACGAGUGCGAUAUUAAAUUAUUCUUAAGUUAUUGUAAUCACUUAGUCCAAAAAUAAAAAAAAAAACAAAC